UCAAAAUCGAAUAGAAAGUUAUAAAAUAAAAAAUAGUGAGAUCAAUAACUUGAUACCCGAAAACUUUUUCAAAUCAAUUCAAGAAAAAGUAAUCAAUAUAAUUCAAAAGGCGUUGCAAAAGCAUGAAUCUAUUAAAUAUAAUUGUACACUACAUUGUAAUUAUAUUUUGAUGAAAGAGAAAGCGGAAGAUGAAAUUAGUUUAUUUACACAUCACACAAAAAUGUUGGUACUAUCUCCCUCAAGUACACUGGAAGAAAUUUUAAAUCAUUAUAUUGAAAAUUGUAAUGAAAUAAUUAAAAAAAUGAGUGAAUUCCAAGAACGAGAUAGUGGAUGGACUUUAAUCGAAAUAAAACAUCUAGAGAUCAACAUCAACAAAUAUACAUGUUUGAGAGGAUCUCAAUACAUAAAUCUUCCUCCCAAAAUAAGGAAUAAAAAGGCUUGCAUCAAUGUGCAAAACAAUGAUGUCUAUUGUUUUAAAUGGGCAAUAAUAUCAGCAUUAAAUCCACUUCCAAAGGAAAAGAAACCACAUAAAUGUAGCAACUACAAAGUAACGGACAUUAAGGCACACAUUAUAACAUUGGAAAAUAAUAUAAUAUUAAAUUUUGAAAACAUGGAAUUUCCCCUUACCAUAAAUAAAAUCAGAGUCUUUGAGUUGCAGAAUCCUGAUAUAAGUAUAAAUGUGUUCGGUUUAGAGGAUGCUAAGAUUAUAGGUCCUUACUAUUUUACAGAAGCUGAGAAAUCAACUCACAUCAAUCUUCUCCUAAUAGAAGAGGAUGAUAAAUUUCAUUACAUCUGGAUAAAAAAUAUAUCAAGAUUGUUGCGAAGUUCUAUAACAAAGAAUAAAAAUAGGAUUCAUUUUUGUAACACCUGCUUAACUCAUGUUUCUUCAAGUAGUAGACUAGAGAAACACAAACGUGAGUGUAAAAAGAUGGUGACAACAAUGCCAUCAGAUAAAGAUAAAAUACUUAAAUUUAAGAAUUUUAAACAUAAAUUAGAUAGGUUUACGUUCAAAAAUGUAUUCAAUUAAGAUUGAUAAAGUAGAUGAAGAAAUAAAGAAAAUAAAAGGUGUAAAACAUUGUGUUACAGCAAAACUUUCAACCAACGAUUUUAAAAAAUGUCUUUUUGAACAAAUUAAUUAUUAUGAUUCUAUGUAUGUUUUUAGAUCAAAAAUUCAUCAAUUGUACACACAACAUAUACAUAAAUUAGUUUUAAAUUAUUUAGAUGAUAAGAGAUUUAUAAGAGAAAAUGGUGUUGACACCUAUG